UAUCAUCCAUCAUCAUUAUCAUCAUCAUCAUCAUCAUCAUCAUCAUCAUCAUCAUCAUCAUCAUCACUGAGACACCAUCAGUGUAAAAAGUGUUCUGCUAUUAUGAUACCAUAUAGUACUUGUAUGCGUUUCAAUCAAACCCGACGACAUUCACUCGAAAAUGACAACAAUAAAUUCAGUCCUUGUGAAUGGACUUUGGUUCAACAUUUUGGACAUAAUACGCGAGUGGAAUCGACGAUCAUCAACGUCACUUCUCAGGAUGACCAAACAUUAUGUUUUACAUGGGCCAUAGAAUCUCAAAAUGCUGCUCAACAAAGUAUUCUGGUUGAUAAUAAUAAUGCAUUGCUUGCAUCAUCGAAAGAAAGAAGCCAAUCGGAUGAGCUCGAUCGUCGAAGUGUAUACCUAUUAUUGGCAUUACGAAGACGAAAAAGUCUUCAACAAAGUAUACAUCCUGAAACGAUACCAUUACUAGAUCCAUACUAUUAUGGUAUCACACAACGUUAUUUGAAAUAUUCUUAUCAAUGGAGUUUCAAUACAUUUUCAUUCGAUGUAUUGACUAGCGGUCAUUCACUAUCUAGUCUAUUGUUGUAUUUUUUCAAAGAAUAUCGUUUCAUCGAAAUAUUUAAUCUUGAUUUGAUUAAUGUUUUACGAUGUUUCAAUUAUCUUGAAAAGGGUUAUCAUGAUACGAAUCCUUAUCAUAAUUCGGUACAUGCAGCUGAUGUUACCCAAGCGAUGCAUUGUUUCCUGCAAGAGUCAAAACUUAAACAAUAUUUGACACCUAUGGAAGCAAUGUGUUCGUUAUUGGCAGCCGUAUCACAUGAUCUAGACCAUCCUGGUGUUAAUCAACAAUUAAUUGCAACAAAUAGCCAUCUGACAACUAUGCAUAAUAACCUGUCCGUCUUGGAAAGUCAUCAUUGGCGUUUUGCAUUGUCAUGUUUUUACGAAUCACAUAUAUUCGAUCAUUUUAAUGAAAAACAAUGGAAAGAGAUAAAAUUUUUAUUGAAAAAUCUAAUUUUAGCCACCGACAUUAGUCGACAAAGUGAAUUCAUUCAUCAAUUUAACAAUUAUAUUAAACUUGGCAACGCAUUUUCAAUGGAGAAAAAAGAGCAUAAAUAUUUCAUUUUACAAAUUGCUCUUAAAUGUGCUGAUCUUGGUAAUCCAUGCCGUCCAUGGAAAAUUAGUCAACGUUGGAGUGAACAGAUUUGUAAUGAAUUUUAUAGACAAGGCGAUUUUGAAAAAUUACUUGGACUGCCAGUCACUCCCAUGUGUGAUAGGAAUUCAACGACAAUCUCAAAAACUCAGACAGAUUUUUUCAAAAACAUUGUCAGGCCUUUGUUCGAGCUAUGGAAUGUAUUUCUUGAUUCAAAACUUACACGUCAAUUAAUCAAUAAUUUGAAUUUCAAUGAAUAUAUGUGGAAAAAUAUGGAGAAUGUAAAACAAUCAAGAAUCAAACAUAGUCAUUCAUUGAUUUCUUUUUCGGAUAAAUUUGAAAUUGAAUCCACUAUUCGUUGUAAAUCAUACAAUAAAUUAUCUCCACUCAAUCUUUCAUCGAUUACAUUAUUUGAAAAUACAUUGACUAAAUUAAAAGCUAGCCAAACAGUGGAAAAAUCUUCAAAGCCUGAAUGUAUCAAUGGUUGUGGAACACCUCCAUCAUCGAAAGAAAUAAUUAUGGCGACGACAAAUAGUGAAGAAAAAGUCAAAUUAAAUGAUGAUGUUGAUUUCGAUGAUGAAGAAGAUGAUUUUAUUUCGGAAUUCAAUUGUGGAGCAAUACUUUCUACACCGGCAUUGAUAUUGCCAAAUUUUUGCUAUGAAAAGCCCCAGAGCGGAUUCUAUCGACGUGGUUCGGCACCUGGUUGUAUUGACAUGAUUCGAAGAAAUGAAUUGAAUACGGCCAAAGGAACUGCCUUAUUGUUGCUUUGUAAUUCAUUGAAAGCCAAAAAUAAUAAUAAUAAUAAUAAUAAUAAUAUUGUCAAAAGACGUUCAUCAUUUCCUAAUGUCAAGAUACCAAAAGGAAAUAUACAUUUCAAAACUAGUCUACAACAGCAGCCAACAAAUAUUAGUAAUAUGACAGCGGCAAUGACAACCAGGUUUAAUACGGCUACAUGUAUUAACUAUGCCAAAGGCAAAAGCAAUAGAAACCGGAACAAUAGAGUGUUCCAUCAUCAACCGGAAUCAUGUUACUUUGGGCAGCAUCAUUCAUGUCGAUCAAGUUUAUUUGACAUAUCUGGCGGCAAUAAUCAUGGCCAAGCAACGGUAACAGCAGCCAACACUUGUCAUCAAUAUUUAUUGACUACUAAUAAACAACGUGGUGGUGGUAACCAGCGUCGACGAUCAGUUCCUCAAGACAUUUUUAUUCGUUCACUAAAUAACUAUACUGCCUAAUCGUUAAUAAUCCAUAAUAAUUCGCAAAGUGAACGAACAUUCAUGCAUAAUCACCAUCAUCAUGAUAAUCGGAUAUUGUUUAUGAAAUUUCCGAUGAAACUAGUCUUAAUAUCGUCUAAUUUAAUUUUACAUCAAAACAUCAUAAUAUUUACUUGAUUAUACAAAAGUUUUUUGUUUUGUUUUCUCUCUUGAUUCAAGCAAAGUUUACUUUUAAGAUUUUAAAAUCACUUAACUUUACCCAUUUUACCUAUUUUUUUUCUUAUACCACUUAAUCCCACGAUUAUAUAUAUAUAAAGAAUGUUUGAUUUUU